UUUCAGGUGAUCGUAGGUCAGGUUGGUUUAUUGCAUCUUUCAGUGUGAAUAUCAUAUUAGCAUCAUUAUUAUCACCGUCAUAAACGAUUGCAUCUCAAUCUUAUUUAACAUUCAAAAAUGACAACAGAUUCACUUUCACAAAUUGACACAGAUCAAGAUGAAUAUGGAGAGGAAAUUGAGAUGGCAUCAAACUCUUUGGGAAAUCUCCCUGAUGUAGUUCUCCAACAUUUGGCGCCAUUUCUCCAGUGGUCAACUUGCCGAGCUCUUUCUGAAGUAAACUUAAGAUUUCGGAGUCAUUUUAAGCAGCACCUGAAGGAAGGACAAGCUUUGUCUAUCAAAGGACAAGUAUCAGUUGGUUUUUACACAAUUCGUGUUGAAAUGGACGAUAAUAUGGUUGUCGAUUGGACGUUGAAAUUGCAAAGUGGAGUUCGGACAGUGGUUCAUCGACAUUAUGAUGGCAACACACAAACAACAACUACAAAAUCCGUGCAUUUGUCGUCGAGAGAUUAUUUGGAAAAAGUUUUGAAAUGGAUUUUGGCAAGAUAUCAAUUCAAAAAGAUUCAUCUCGGAGUUCAAGGCCUGGCUCCGCUUUUCUCUUCCUACAAAGGCGAAAUCGAAAAUGUUGGAAUAUCGGAUGAAAUUGAAUAUCUGAAGCUCGCUGAAAAAUUCCGUCCAAAACAUUUGACGCUUUUCAAACCAGCACAGAAUACCUAUAACAAAGGAUUUUUCGAUUUAAAGAAAUUUCCGCAGCUAGAAGAGCUCCGGAUGUAUGGAGUGCCAUUGGAUUUGGAUCAAUUGAUCGAAUCAAAUAUAUCAGAAGUGGCAGCUGAUACAAUUGAUAAGGAUAUUAAAUUGAAGCAUGUGAGGAAAAUAAUUAAUAACUGGAAAAAUGGAAUAAUCAAUUACAAAUCAAUAAUGAUUAGUCCAUCAUGCAGUCAAUUUGGAAUAUAUUGCCCUCAUAAUCAGUGGAGUGAGCUAACAGAUCACUUGGUUGAAGCAAAUGCCCUCUACGAUAAUGUAGUGAAUAUUAAAGAAAAAAUCGGAUCGGCUAGAUAUUCGCCAAGAAGUUUUGAGUUUGAAGUAUGGGAAGCUGAUCGAUAUUGAAAAUCCAAGGCUGUUCAGUGUUCUAGAAUUAGAAAUAUUAGAUUUUAAAUACUUUUUGUAAUGCUUUCUAACAUUUUUCACGUGUAUACUUACAAACCUCCCGCUGACUUAAAUUGUUUUCCAUGUUAAAAAAAAGAUCUCAUGUAUAUUUUUCAAUAAUAAAACUUCCACACUGACAGUAUCUCUUAAAAUAGUUUAUUCACAAAUUUCAACAAUAGUUUCAAAAUUCAAACUUCAACAUUUAACAACUUCAUAAUCCAUUCCAUCUUCACUUAACUUGAAAUUGAUAUUC